GUUGCCCAUUUCCGUACAGUAGAACCUGGGAGUUUAAUAAGCGCAUUUGGAAUUCCACCCGCCACCUUUGUUGUGCGCUGGGAGGGGCGGGAAUGCAAACAGAUCUUCAUAUAUAAAGAGAACAUCGCAGAGUCGUGCGUCAGGAUACCUCAAAAUACCAUACUAACAUCCUCUUGAGACUGUGGUAGGAUUCAAGACUUUGCGGACUUUUUAACAAUAUCCUACAUUUGAAGGAUUUUUAUUCAUUUUUUUAUUCAUAAAACCGAUCAUUUACUUAAAGAAGUAUGCCUAAUCUGUCAGUCGGUCGUUUUAUGGCCAUGUAUCUCACGCUGUUUGGAUACCUUGGGGAUGCUUACGCUGGGGCUGUUUUACUGAACUCUAAUGCCAUCAAGAACUUGCCCGGUGUCACUGACACGGUUAGCCCGAGCCCACGUCCUUCUUCUGCAGGUAAUGACGGACAGAAGGCAGUCGUGGACACUUUGCAGCCUACUUGCACAUACAAUGCUGAGUGUGGGGCCGAUGAAUUCUGCAACGAUAUCCGAGGCGCGUGUCUCCCAUGCCGAAAGACCCGGAAGCGGUGCGCAAGAGAUUCUAUGUGCUGCGCUGGGAAGCGCUGCAUCAAUGGUAUUUGUCAGGCCAGUGAUCAAGAUGCUGAAACCGCAGUCACUACCAGUGUUGAGAAUAGGCAGAACAACACCAUGGAACACUAUGGCAAGAGACUGCCUCUGCCCCAAGGUCAACAUUCUGUAAAAGGUCGGGAAGGUGAGAACUGCCUAAGGUCCUCCGACUGCUCUGAGGGUCUGUGCUGUGCACGCCACUUCUGGUCUCGUAUUUGUAAGCCGGUGCUGACAGAGGGCCAGGUGUGCACGCAUCACCGUAGGAAAGGCGGCCAUGGCCUGGAGCUGUUCCAGCGCUGCGACUGUGGAGAUGGCCUCUCCUGCAGACUAGAGAGAGGAGAGAAAGACCCCGGAGUCAGCAGGACUGCAGCCCGGAACCUGCACACCUGCCAGAGCCGCUGACACACAUCCGGGACAUACACACUGCCUCAGAUGCUGACACACAGUCUCGAACAUACACACUUCCCACAACCGACACAUAUCUGACAGAUGUCAGAGACGCUGACACGCACAGAACACAACCGGAAAGGAAAAAUGGGUUCCCGGGGAAAAGUGAUGCGCCCAGAGGCAUGAGAUGGACCAAUCCAAUUCCCCCUGAUGCUGGAGAAUGCAGAAUAAAGAAGUUGUCAUUGGAUGUGUAUUGGAAAGAACGAUACAUAUCAUCAAAAAUGGCAGAGUUGUUUUGUUUCUUUUAAUGAAACUUAACUUUGAUUGCAGUAAAUUACUGUAUUGUAAAUACUAUACGGAGGUGGCACUUAACUGAGAAUUUGAAUUCUGUCUACACCUGUAUUAUAAAUAACUUGGUGCUGCAUAGUUCAUUUCCAUUAUUGCAAAUAUGUACACAAUGAUUUAUAUUGUUAUUUACUGUGUAAUGUAAAUGUAUUUUUUAUUUACUUGAAGUGUAAAGAUAUUUGUUUAAAUAAAACCUGACCCAA